UGGAGUUGCGCAUGCGCGCCCGGAAGUGAGCCCUUGGAUAAGAGGCCGGGAAACCCUGUCUGGGGCCUUUCAGUAGGCCCGAGCCGCCGCCGGUGCUGCCAUCAUGUCCGAUUGGGAAACAGCUCCCGCCGUGACCGAGACCCCGGACAUCAAACUCUUUGGGAAGUGGAGCACGGAUGACGUCCAGAUCAACGACAUCUCCCUACAGGACUACAUCGCCGUCAAGGAGAAGUACGCCAAGUACUUACCCCACAGCGCCGGGCGCUACGCGGCCAAGCGCUUCCGCAAGGCCCAGUGCCCCAUCGUGGAGCGCCUCACCAACUCCAUGAUGAUGCACGGCCGGAAUAACGGGAAGAAGCUCAUGACCGUGCGCAUCGUGAAGCACGCCUUCGAGAUCAUCCACCUCCUCACCGGAGAGAACCCUCUGCAGGUCCUGGUCAAUGCCAUCAUCAAUUCCGGCCCUCGGGAAGACUCCACUCGGAUCGGCCGCGCCGGCACCGUGCGGCGCCAGGCUGUGGAUGUGUCCCCCCUUCGCCGUGUCAAUCAGGCCAUUUGGCUCCUGUGCACCGGAGCCCGGGAAGCCGCUUUCCGCAACAUCAAGACCAUUGCGGAAUGCUUGGCGGACGAGCUCAUCAACGCUGCCAAGGGCUCUUCCAACUCCUACGCCAUCAAGAAGAAGGAUGAGCUGGAGCGCGUGGCCAAAUCCAACCGUUAGGAGCCACCCUUGGCUCUUCCCUUCCAAUAAAUGGCCUUUGUCUUUGGAUGUCCUUGGAAAA